AUACGACCGAUCAAGCCACCUAUUACCCCCGAUCCGGCGUGAAUCGACCGCGCGACGCACCCGCUUCGACCUUCUUCCUCAUCUCCGUCUCCCUCGACCCCCGCUCUCCAUGUCUGACGCGUACAAGAAAGCCAAGGCCGGCCGCCUUGUCUUCAAGGGCGGCGAGGCGGCCUCCCUCCACAAGCCGAAGAAGCACAAGAAGAAGAGCAAGAAGCCCGCCUCCGAUGCACCCGCCGACGGCGAUGCCGAGGCCGCGGCCGCGGAGGGCGCCGAAGGCGGAGGCGGCAGCGGCGCCGGCGACGACUACACCAUCGACGCGGCGAAGAGGAUGAAGUACGAGGAGCUUUUCCCCGUAGAGGCCAAGAAGUUCGGGUACGACCCCGCCAACGCCGCCCGCGCCGCCGCCCGCAACCGCACAGUCGAGGAGGCCCUUGACGACCGCGUGCGCAAGAAGGCCGACCGCUACUGCAAAUGAGGUGGCUCCUCACCGCAGCUGGAGGGAGACCCACUUGACUUAGCUCAGAGCAUCAGAGAUGGUAUCUUUGGACGAGUCAGGACCAGAUGGUGUAUUGUUGUUUAGCUAGUCUCAAUACCGUUCAAGCAUUUUCUUGUAUGCAUAUGUACCAGUAAGCAGAAGGAUGCUUGCAUCUGUUGUUCUGAGAUGAUUUUACUCUGCUCUCUUUCUUGCUUGAUUUGGUCAUUUAGAAAUACCAGAUGGUUUGCACCGCUGUUCUUUAAUGUGUAUUUGUAAUACAGUUUCAAGCCUGGAAAGUGUUUCCUAUGUAGUGCUGUAUUUUAUCCUUUCGA